AUCUACAUAGCGUGAAGUGUGUUCAGCAGCACAGCUCUGCUAUUCCUGGACCUGAACAGAACAGUGCGAGGAGCACAGCACGAGAGCUGAGCUGAGUCCUCGUGGCGUUCUAUGUCCCGUGUUACAAACGUUAAAACUGGAUAUAUAUUGUACACACAGAGGCUUUCUCCCUGAGUGUUGCUGUCUUCUGGGCUCAUCUUCAGCUAUGCUCGAACUCUUCAGGCUCCAUUGAACAUGUCGUCUUCAUAUGCUGCCGCUAUAUCGGCUCUCAUUACAGCCAACUCUUCUAAUCUAACUAUCCCGGUCAAACCCAGUCAUCACCCCUCCCCACGCCCAGCAGGAAAACCUAAAGCUUCCUCAAAGCCAGCCCACAGCCCUCCAGCUGCACAGACACAACCUCAUUCACCUGAGUCUCUGAAAUGUUUUGACGAGCAACAGGAGAAUCCAGAAGACUACGGCAUUGGUGGUUACUACCACGUAGAGAUUGGAGAUAUUUUCGUUGACCGUUACCAAGUGGUAAAAAAGUUGGGAUGGGGCCACUUCUCUACUGUAUGGCUCUGCUGGGAUAUGGUGAAGGGGCGUUUUGUGGCUCUGAAGGUGGUGAAGAGUGCUCAAACUUUCACAGAGACUGCACUGGAUGAGAUCAAACUCCUGAAAUGUGUAAGGGACGUUGACCCCAAAGAUCCAAACCGUGAGACCAUCGUGCAUCUCAUUGAUGACUUCAGGAUCACUACAGCAAAUGGAGAGCAUGUGUGCAUGGUUCUGGAGGUGCUGGGCCAUCAGUUGCUGAGGUGGAUCGUCAAAUCCAACUACACUGGCCUCCCGCUGCCCUGCGUCAAGAGCAUCCUCAGACAGGUUCUGCAGGGUUUAGAUUACCUGCACACUAAAUGCAAGAUCAUCCACACAGACAUCAAGCCUGAAAACAUCCUGCUGAGGGUGGAUGAGGUUUACAUUCAGAACCUGGCGGCAAACACAAAGCUGUGGCAGAUGCCAGUGUCCUCUGCUUUCACUGGCUCCACAGUGAAAACAAGCUCCAGAGAAAAACAGAGUUUGUCCAACAUGUUGGGGAAGCUGACCGGAGUUUUCCACACUAUUGGGGAGUGGUCCAGCAAGGUCUCCAGGAGCCCCAUUAAGCGACUGACAAGAAAAGACAGGAGUCGACGAGGACAGGAAAACGCAUCUGAGCAAAAUAAAAAAGACAAACUUCACGUUUCCUUCUCUGAAGACAUUACUCCACCUACCACGCCUCGCUCCACCUGUCCCUCUAAGCUCACAGCGGGUCCUAACGUCACAGUGAGGCGGCAGACGCUGCUUUUCGAAGAUGGACCGGACUCUGCGCCAUGCAGCCACAGAGAGUCCAUCUGCUCGUGGCCGGACCUCAACACACAGGCUCCCGUCUCUGGCUCCAGAUCAGGGUUAUUACAUCAGGCUUCAAACAAAGAGAUGCCUCUUCCUUCACCAUGCUCUCCCCGAGGUGACUCAGAUGUACUUUUGGAUCUACUAAAGCCCAAGAAUGCUGAAAAAAUCCUCAUCAAGAUUGCGGACCUGGGCAAUGCCUGCUGGGUGCACAAACACUUCACUGAAGACAUCCAGACGUGUCAGUACCGCUCUGUGGAGGUUCUGAUCGGGGCCGACUACGACACACCGUCUGAUAUCUGGAGCACUGCCUGCAUGGCUUUCGAGCUGGCCACAGGGGACUAUCUGUUCGAUCCACAAUCAGGAGCCGCAUUCUGCCGCGAGGAAGAUCACAUUGCCCACAUCAUUGAGCUGCUGGGAUCCCUUCCAUCCCAGUUUGCCCUGUCAGGAAGAAAUUCCAAACGAUUCUUCAACCAUAAAGGACAACUGCGACAAAUCUCCAACCUGAAGCCGUGGAGUUUGUUGGAGAUCCUGCUGGAUAAGUACGAGUGGCCGCGGGAGGAAGCCAUGCAGUUCAGCUCGUUCCUCCUGACCAUGUUGGAGCUGCAGCCGGAGAAAAGAGCCACAGCCGCCCAGUGUCUGAAACACCCCUGGAUCUCCUUCUAGUCAUGACUUGUUCAACGCCCAGUGGAAUAGCUGAUAUGGGGCUUGGACAACUAUGGGAUGUACAGCAGUCUGUCUGGUGCUGGCAUCACGAGCACAGCUUUUAUAGAUAUUUAUCACCUGAAUUUUUAUCACCUUUUCCCUAAUCAGGUUCCUUUGUCUUUAAGUAUUUUAAAGAGGCCCUAUUAUGCUAUUGUUCAGGUUAAAAUGUGUAUUUUGUGCCUCCACUGUGACAUGCUGACAUGCUUUAAUGUUCCAAAAGGUCACCUACAUUCUGCUGGAGCCAAUAGAAGUGCAAGAGUUUCGUAGUGAUGUCACUAUGUUCUAGAAGUAAACAAAGGUAUCCAUUGGAGGCGUUUCAGGCAGUGUAUGGGAGAGAAACUCCCUCUGGUGGGAACACAGGGAUUUCUGCAGGAAAGGGGAAACCCUAAAAAGCAUAUUAUGGCCUCUUUGAAUGUCGGUCUCUUCUAAUUAAGGCAUAGCAAUGACCAAAGAGAACGUUUGUCUGAAUGGAAAACCCACCUUGUUUUAUGAUCACAGCUAUCUUCAAUAUCAAUAAAUUGACCUAAGAUUG